GCUCCUUCUUCACCAUCUUAUAGUAACCCUUUUUUCUCAUCAUCAUAACUUUCAAACUAACAAACCUCUUUUGCACUUUUCUCCUCUCUCUCUCUCUCUCUCUCUCAUUUCUAUCCAUUUACUAAAUCCCCAUUUUCCUUUUGAUCGGAAAUGGGAAGAGAUUGGCCGUAUUGGGCUACCGGAGCUAAAACAUCCACCAAAAGACCACCACCAGCGAAAGCUGAAACCACCACCACUCCCACUGGUUGUAUAAGUGCUGUCUUCCAGUUCUUUGAUUUCCAUCAUUUCCAGUUCUCUUUAAACCAUCAAACAAAUAGUGGCAGCAAUAGCAGUAGCAGUUGUGGUUGUUUUAAACAACCCCACUCUUUUAUUUCUCCCCAUAGUAACUUCGUCCCCACUGCACUUAAAGGUACUGAAGCACCAAGGAAUAGUUUAGAAUCAGAAGAUGAAAGUUCAACUUCAGUUUCAGCUUCAGUUUCAGCCUCUUUAACAACAUCGACCAGUAAAGAAGAUGAAAGUUUAAAUAUCCCUAUGGGAAUUCAAAUUAAAACAAGUGGGGACAUAAGGUCAAAAGUUGGAGCUUCAAAUAAUGACACAUUUUCAGAGAUUAGCGGCUCACCAGGGACCAAGACACCUACUUUAGUUGCUAGGCUAAUGGGUCUUGACCUUUUACCCGAAACUCAUUCACCAUCUUUUUCACAACCUAAGUCUUCUUCUUCACAUUUAAAGGGUCGUAGGAGGUCAGUAGACGGUGGUGAUUUUAGGGGUACUCGGUCGUUACCGGAAACUCCGAGAUUAUCGUCUGCUAGGAGGUCGGAUGUGGACUAUCACCAUCGGUUUUCGCUUCAGAUUAAUAAAGAGAACAUGAGUACGACCGAAGAGGUAAUGGUUACUCGGUUCUCGAAAAGGAGCGAAGACGAGAAUAAGAGUCCGGGUCAUUAUGCUCGGCAGAUAAUGAAACAGGUUAAAGAAAGUGUGGGAAGAAAAGUUGGGAUGGAUAUUACUAAUACUGUUCGGAACAGGGAACAAGCUAGAGAAGAGCUUGUUAAUCAAUUCAAGUACAAGAAGAUUUCAAAGGCGAUGAGUAAACUAGCCGAGGACUCGACCAGUAAUGGCAAUGGCAAGCACUCGACGACACCUUCCUGUUCGCCGAGGCUUAGGUUCUUGGAACCUAAAACCAAAGAUCAAAACCCUCAACCUCCAAAACCAUCAGAGAUUAGUAUACAGCCACAGCCGAUCAGGGUUUUACAAAAGCCCAAGUUGCAGACAGUUGCAGAGGAACAAGAUGACCAACAGACACAGAGAAGCACAAGCAAAUGCAAGAAAGUGACAAAGCUGAAAAAGCCACAACGAACAUCGGACAUAAUCCGAAACAAGCAAGAAGAGCCCUUCGUUCGUCCUUCAACAGCCAACAGAGCUAACAUUCCAGACAAGAAAUGUAAGAAAACACCAUUAUCAAAUGAUCUCCUCAACAUUACAGUCUCUUCCCUUUUUCCAGUAAAAAAAGACCCGUCACCUCCAGCUACUAAAAUCCCUCAAAAACAGGUCUUAGAUGCUACAAGACCAAAACGUAGUAAUAGCUCACAGUUAUCUAGUUGUUCGAGCCAAACGUACAACAACAAACAAGAAGCGACGUACCUACACAGUUCCCGACACGACAACAUCGGCGACAGAUGUAACAAUGUUACUACUACCACCACCGGUGAAGAAGCAGAAUAUCAUGAGUACAUUGCAAGAAUACUAAGACGUACUGGGUUAGAUAAACAUACCCCACUGUCCUUAGCUUCUUGGUUUUCUCCUUCUCAUCCUAUUAACCCUUCCAUUUUUUACUACCUCGAACAUUUCACCACUAAUAAUAAUAAAACCAGUCAACUGAACCUACGAUGCAAUAGAAAAUUACUGUUCCAUCUAGUCGAUGAACUUUUGACUGAAAUUUUAAACCCUUUCUUCAAUAUGAAACCUUGGGUUAAAUUUGUUGGACGUGAACGUUUUAGUAAUAUGGUCGGGUCUCAGUUAAUAAACACAUUGUGUUCGAAGAUUGGUCGGUUUCCUCGAGCUGAUUGUCGUGUGCUUGAAGACAUUGAUGCAUUAAUCGACAAAGAUUUGCCGGAGAUGAAACUCCGGUGUGUGAUGGCGUAUGAAGAAGAAGGGGAAGGGAUUGUGUCGGAGAUCGGAAACAGCAUAAUAGAGGCGUUGGUACAUGAAACGGCAGCAGAUUUCGAAUUUUGUUUUGCUGGUUUCAAUUUUCAAAAGUCUCGUCUUUUAGAACUAAACGGUGCCGUUUAGUGUUUGAAUGGUGGUGAAUGAGAACAUAUCACAUGGGUGAUUCACGUGAUGAGAUGCUAUUCGUUGGGGUCUUUGUAGGACUGUACACGUGGAUAAGUAUAACUGUUGGACCCUUUUUUUUAUAUAUAUAUUUUGUAUAUAUAAAUUGUAAUAAUGUAUUUUCCAAAAUCUUUUCGGAUUAAGUAGUAAAAAUUCGAAAUUAUUUAAAUAAGAUUUCGAGUUUUAAAUUUUGGGUAUUAAAAAU